GUAGCCGCCAUUUUGUUUGAGAUACGUUAGCAUACGCGCUCUGCUUAUCGCAACAUUCGUUCACCUUAGAAGGUCCGAAAUUGGGGUAAAGGAUAGAGCGGCUAUGUCUGCUUUCUCAGAAUUGGCGCUGGAGAGGAAACUGUCGGAGCUAAGCAAUUCUCAGCAAAGCGUCCAGACGCUGAGCCUGUGGCUUAUCCAUCACCGAAAGCAUUCGCCGCUCAUUGUCAGCGUCUGGGAGCGCGAACUGCGCAAAGCCAAACCAAACAGGAAGCUAACUUUUUUGUAUCUGGCUAAUGAUGUUAUUCAAAAUAGCAAAAGAAAAGGGCCGGAGUUUACAAAAGAUUUUGCACCUGUCAUAGUGGAAGCUUUUAAACACGUAUCCAGUGAAACUGAUGAUAGUUGCAAAAAGCAUCUGGGCCGUGUGCUGUCUAUUUGGGAAGAAAGGUCUGUUUAUGAAAAUGAUGUAUUGGAACAACUUAAGCAAGCUUUGUAUGGAAACCCAAGGAAACGCACAUAUGAGCAGAUGAAGUUUGAAGAUAACUCUUCAGCACAAAGCUCCCCAUGUGAUCCUCCCCAGACAAUGGAUCUUAUAAGAGCAUUACAAGAAUUAGAAAAUGCAGCAUCUGGAGAUGCAGCUGUUCGUCAGAGGAUAGCCUCAAUACCUCUAGAAGUUCAAGAUGCAACUUUGCUUAACAGAAUUACAGACAAAGAAUCGGGAGAACAGCUUUCCAAGAUGGUAGAUGAUGCAUGUAUGUUGCUGGCGGAUUACAAUGGCAGGUUGGCAGCAGAAAUUGAUGACAGAAAACAACUAAAUCGGAUGUUGUCAGAUUUUUUACGAUGUCAAAAAGAAAUCCUGUCAGAGAAAGAACAAACAUUGGAAGAAUACAAGCGCAAAUUAAAUGGUGUAUCCCAGGUACGGAAAGAACUGAAGUCACGCAUCCAGAGCCUCCCUGAUCUGUCAAGGCUCCCCAAUGUUACAGGAAGUCAAGUGCAUCUACCUUUUGCAGGGGAUGUAUAUAGUGAUGAGUGAUAUUCAAAUCUUUCACUGGAAUGGGGAAUUGGUCAGGUUGACUGAUAAUUAUUUUUAUAUGUUUGCAGAGAAUAGUACUGAAAUGUUCUAAUUUAUAAGAAAUAUUGAAUAUUGUUUUGUUUAAUAUUUGACUAACAAGUGAUAAAGCAGGUACUAUGUAAGAGGCAACAUUUAUGUAUUAUGUUAAAAAUGAUUAUUGCAAAUAAUUUUUCUAUUCUUUUUGAUUAAAUCUUUCCCCCAAUAUUAAGCAGCCUCUUUUUUUGGGGGGUGCUUUUUGUGGAUAUAAUUCUGUUAAAUUAAACAUUUGUGCAUAUCAGUAUCAGAAACAUAUUUUGACUGCUAAAUAUUGGAAGAACAAAUAUUUUUUUUAAAUGUUGAAUACAAAUCAUAUUAAAAACAAACAUUGAAAAAUAAACAGUGAUUUUAUUUAAAUAAAUCAAAAAUGUUAUGUGAUUUUGCAUUUCAAACCAUCAUAAUAUUUAAACUGAAUUGUUUACACUUUCAAAUGUAAUGCUUAUGCAAAAUUUCUGCUCUUAUUUAUGCCAAAGUAGGCAACCUAGAAAACAUCCAAAACAGUGUUUCUUCAAUAUCAUUUACUUCCCAUAACUGGGAGUGAUUAUAUGUAAGUACUUAGAAAAACCUAAAAUAUUAGUGAAAUUCUAAUUCAGAAGCAAGUCCAUAUACUCCCAGGUAAAUAAUUACAAAAUACCAUUGUAGUGUUUUAGGUUCAUUAACCAAAAAGCUGUGUUGCUCUGGGAAAUAUCAGUUGCUUCCUUUGACUUCCAAAAAAGAAUUCACACUUCCGAAGUUUUCAUAUGAAAAAAAA